AUGUUUCCUAUAUCAAAUAGUUAUAUAGCCAGCUUCAGAGGCUGGAGUGACAAGAAAGAGAAAGCCCCAGCUUUGAGUCCAGCUUCUCUCUUUGGGUAUCCGUGAGUUUACAAAAACUUCAACCCAUCAAACUCGGUAGACCAGAAUUGAGACGAUCACUGAAAUGAAAAUUUUAUAACGCAUACUCCCAAAGUAACGAUUCGGGAUAAAUAACAGUAAUGCCAUCAUCACUUCAGAAGAGUACCAACAAGAGGUUCAGGACAAGAAGGAAUCUCAAUUUGCAAAGCAGAAUAAAUAACCCAAAAUUUAAGCUAAAAACGUAUCUUAGAAAGUACAAUUGCUCAAUCCCUCCUCUACAGGUGGAGAAGUUGGCAGAGGCAUCUCAGCAACAAGAAGAGGGAAGCAAACUUGGAAUCAAACCAAAUUUUGAAAUAAACACACCUGUCCCACCUAAAGAACGCUUGCGGACAUGUUGUACCAACAAAAGACCCACAACAGAUGCUAAAAGACAACAUCUAAGAGGCCCAAGAAAGAAUUUAAUAAACUCGUUCUAUCAGACUCCAAAAAUGUCUAAAUAGACCUGUAAAACUGAGGAGAAGAAUUAUUAAUCUUAGCGAUUCCGAUUUCAAAUACAGAAAGAACCAGGAUAACUUAAACAAGGUCGCAUUUAUAAACAGAUUUGAUAAAAGGAGAAUGAAUAUUCCUCUUUCAAUCACUAACAAGACUAGUUUGUUAAACAGUAUCAGGAAAGCAAGAGGACAGAAUAAAGAAGAUACGGUUAUCAAGAAUCUAUUUAUCAGAGGUCUUGGAUCCACUGGAUCUAAUUUACUCCGUCCAAGUACACAGGUCACUGAAAGGAAACCAAGGAAAUAUAAAGGUCACCACCCUGUUCUGAUCUUAAACCCUAAAGAGACUGAUGAUAAAAUCCCAACACCGAAUAAAUCUCCAAAGAGGACUAAAAAUAAAAUAAAUUUCAGGAGAAAAAUCGAAUAUUUCGAGAUUUCCAAAGAAGGUGAUGUGACUAAAACGAUUGGAGUCCAGAUAAAAGUACACAACCGGAAGCAAUAUCUAAGUAAGUAUGAAGGCAAAUUCACUAAGAGAAACUCCUCAGUCCUUGCAUCAGACGAUGAAGUCAUUUCUUGCACUGGAUAG